AUGACGACACCUCACACCGAACAUAUUUUCAAUACUAACCGCCAAAAAGUAUACAAGAUGAAGUAUCUUAACACAUCUACUCUGUUCAAUAUUAAUCAGGAAUUGCUUGCACGAAUUACCCCAGAAUCUCGUUUCUGUUCUAAGGUUGAGUGCUUCGAGUUUUCCCAGGAAGAUCUUGCGAAUGUAAACUCAUCCAAUUAUGAUCGCCCUUACAUUCACAAUUCUUUCGGCCAAAGCCCGAACUGCUUUUCCUCUGGUGCUACCUAUUCAUUAAAUACGUAUGCUAGCCCAAAGCAUUUCGGUGUUCUUAAAUCAUCUAUCGAAGCUUCCUUCCCAGACUACGAUUUUUCAAAUAUCUGUCCAUGGCAUCUGAAGUUAAUUAAUACAGUCGAGCAGGCCCAUUCUGAUAUCUGCUGGCCUCUGAUGACGUAUUUAGAGAAUAGUGAUAUUAUUCAACAGAAGCUUUGGACAGCUAUCGAUACAGAAAUUAAUACCAACAAUAGCCACAUCUAUAAAUAUGAUCCUGAUGGCCCGGACGCUUUUAGUGAACAGGGCGUUUUCUACAAUUUAGUUCUACUCUUCCUUAACGAGAAGGAAAAUAAAGUUCUCAUCGUAUCAAUGCGCGAAGGCAAUGAAGACAAUAUGUCCGAUGAUGAAUGUGAUAUUCAGGCGGAUAAUCUGUUAGAAGCAAGAUAUGGCUAUGCUUAUUAUUGA